CCAUAGUAUUUUAGUCUAGUAUUUAUUAACAGACUUGUCUAUUUGACAAUUCAUUUGUAUGAUUUGUAUUUUGUAUUAAUUAGAAAUUGCUCUCAGACUCGUCAGUUAGGCUUUAAUUUGGUAUACAAUUUAAAAUCAUAAUUUAUAGUCAGAUGCAAUAUUUGUAGCUGACCCAAAAGUGGGUGAAAAAAAUUAAGUUUCAAAAGAUAAGAGCGCGCCUGUUAUGAUAAAGUUAUUUACUUUUAUUUUUAAAAUUAUCAAUGAGUUAGAUAACGUUGUUGGUGUCGAACGAUAUGAAAAUUGCAUUUGGUAAAUAGAAAUGGAACGCAGCAAUUUGAAGUGGACAAUACAGUUUAAUUGAUAAGUAGUAGAGAAAAACCGCUAAGAUGCACAUGUGGAUGUGGUUCGGUUACGACCUCGGAGACUUCCUGUUCUCCGGCCUAAUCAUCAGCACGCGGUGGGCGUUCGCCCUAACCUGGAUCGCGCUGUUCUUUGUGGCACUCCUGUUCGAAGGUUCCAAGGUUUACCUAGCCAAAGUGCAGCGCGAGGCACACAACAAACUGUACCCAUAUAGAUCGGAUGAAAGACGAAACCUUCUUUGCGACAGAGAGCGAGGGGCCAUGGAGCCGACAACUAGCCGUAACACCACCACAGCGCAGGUCAGCAGAUGGGGGCUAAUUAAAGUGAGGGCGUUGGUGAACGCGCACCAGUCGGUCGUGUUCCUGGCGCACAACGUGGUCGGCUACCUGCUCAUGUUAGCGGUCAUGGUGUACAAUGUGCAUCUGUUGCUAGCCGUCGUUUUCGGAAUGAUGCUCGGAUACUUUUUAUUCGGCCCGAAAUUAACACGACUACAGAUGCAAUGCCACAGAACGAAGAGAGUGGUUAUAUGUACACCGGAAUGUGACGAUACAGCCGAAACAUCGACUCCACCUCUCCUGAAUCACUCUGAGUCAGAUUCGGACUUCUACAACUGCCAGACUCGCACUUGCAUACAGCCGUCCCACUACUUUCCGUCCACGUCACAAGAUGGCGCCAGUACCGAAAAUAACGUAACCUGCCAGUACGGCGCCAAGAAAUGCCCGUCGAAAGUUGCCAGAGCGAAAAAAGCCCAAUGUCACAGUGAAAAAGAAGACAAUUCAAAUAUAGAAGAUACAAAACUACUAGUGAAAGAGCGCUCAGGCUGUUGCAAGUCGGAGCCGCCUCACGAGGAGAAAUGUUGUAAAAAAGAAAUUGUUGUAGUUCAAGAGCCUACGUCGUGCUGCAAGAAAGAGAAAGUAAGCGAGGAACAAGCACACGAGGAAACGAGAGAGAAGACCCCUCCGGUGACUUGCUGCAAGUCGAGCAGUACCGAGAGUCGCGAACAGAUAGUUCAUCCCUGAAGCUACCGUUCGCUGUAGAGUUGGGACAGACUGCUAAUAUUAAUCGCCCUGUAAACGAUCAAAUUUGUUUGUCAAACUUUACGUUUUUAUCAAACAACUAGCUGACCCGGCAGACUUCGUAGUGCCUCAAUCGAUAAAUAAAUGACCUAAACUUUUGUAUAAAAUAAACUUAAAACAAACAAAAGGAAUCCAUACGACGGAGGACAACUCAAUGGAAAAACAAAAUUGUUCUUUUUAUUUAAUUCCGAGCAUUUUCAUAUGUAUCUACCUUUUAAACCUUCUCUGGACUUCAACAAAUAAUUCAAGACCAAAAUUAGCAAAAUCGGUCCAGCCGUUCUCGAGUUUUAGCGAGACUAACGAACAGCAAUUCAUUUUUAUAUACAUAUAUAGAUAGCAUAAACGAUCAAAUCAAAGGUCAAACAAGUUGUUAACUUGCCCGCAGAUUCGAUUUUCUCCUUGCCGUAACGAGACGUCGUGUCGAGCAACGAUUGAGAUCUUGUUUGACAAACCCCCCCAUACACCUUCAAACUUGUUUGUCAAACACGCCGUCAAUCAAGAUAUCCAUCAAACCAGUCAAACACGUACUGUUUGACAAACGCGUCAAACACACUGUCAAAUAAUUUGACAAACAAUUUGAUCGUUUACAGGGCGCUUUAUAGUAAACAGGGACGACAGUGUAAUAAUGCCUUGACGCGACUCAUACCAAAGUUAAGGAAUUUAUGAUGUAUUUCUAAAAAGCAAUAUUAUAAACAAAUAUUUUUGCUCAAUAGUUAUGUAACUGUGACAAGUAUUAUUGUUUUAAAAAAAUGCCUAUAUGUAGUUGUAUAUUUGACAUAUUAUUAUAUCGAGAGGUGAAAGGCUAUUUGGUUUAAGCGACAUUUAUCUUUGUAAAAAUGCGUUUUAUUUGGUACUAGCGACCCAUUCCGGCUCCGCUCGGGUCUUUAACAAAAAUUUCAACGAUAUUUGACGUUGUUUUAUUUUUUUUAAAUAACAGAACACUUAUUGCGCCAUAACUAUCAUAGUUAGAAAUAAUAUGUCGCGACACUUUUUGUAAAUAUUAAUGUGUUCUACAAAGUCGUAGUACAUUAUUUUAUUCUAUCAUCAAUAGUUUUCGUAGGGCACGCGAUGUAAAGAAUAUUUUAGGUAAUUUUUUACACCUUGAGUUACAUUAUUGGAAUUUUAGUAAGGAUCCCUAUUUUUUUUCUUCAAAAAACAUCAUAAGCUAUGUUACUCGGGAAUAGUGUAGCUUUCAAACAGUGAAAGAAUUUUUCAAAUCGGUUCAGUAGUUUCGGAGCCUAUUCAAUACAAACAAACAAAUCAUUCCUCUUUAUAAUAUUAGUAUAGAUUAGCAUCAACAGUUCGAUGUUUUUAAUUGAGCUUCAAUUAAGUUUACUGCGUUGAAAUAGCUGAAGAAGUUUUUUCUUAUGUAAUUUUUUCAAAAUUUUAAAUCUUAAAUGGCUCUCCUGUAAAGUUACAAAAAUGUCGUUUAAACCAAAUAGCCUUACUUCACCCAUCGAUACUUUAUUUGAAUGAAUGCUGUUGUUAUUGUUUUGUUUAAAUUUUCUUAUCUGUGAUUGUACCUCCAUGCGACACACCGCCGUGUUCAAAGACUGUCCACAUUGUGAAAUCUAUUUCGUACAUGUCAAACAAUUCUGCCAUGUUUUAUUUAUGGAAAUAUAAAAAAAAUAUAUGUAUAUGUGCCUAGUCCAGUUCUUGUUGCUUUUAGUUUGUAGUGUACCUGUAUUAGAAUUUAUUUUUUAUAUUACCAAAUGGUGUAGUUUUCUUGUUUUAGUUUUGUAGUAUUAGCUAACGUAGACUAAAUUGGUUAUCGGUCAUGACCAUAUAUAUUUACAAUGUUAACUUUCCUAAAUUGUUUAUUAGUUUAAUUUCGGUUAUUAAAAAUCAGUGAUGUAUUGAAGUGCCUUACUAUUUGUUUAUAGUGUAACGCGUGUUUAGUUAUAAAUAAACUAUAUUUAUUUAAA